UCACAACAGCAACGUCAGAGUGGGUGCAUUAGGUCUUUCAUCCAACGAAUCAUCAACUGUCUUUCAAGAUGAUUGCACGCGUACUUUUGAUACUAGCUAUGUUGUCACUUAUGCAUGCUGCAUAUUCCACCUAUGAGCGUAAGCGACCUAUCUCAUCUUAAAGCGCUUGGGAGACCUGAAGAACCACUGCCUCUCAAUACCAUCUACGAAAGCAUAUUAGCAUUGGUUCUAGGAAUCUUCGGGGCUUCGAUGAAUGCACCCCCACUAAAAGAUAUAACAUGGGCCAGCGAAAUGAGGAAACGCACAAUAGACGACAUGGAUUCGCGACUGGGAUUUGCAAGCUAUGUGAAUAGAGGUAAUACGUUAUUGUACUCGCAGAGGGAAAAGUCCAGCACAACGUAGUUGUAUGUAGCUGAAAGUUCUACUAGAUAUGUAGUUGACAAUUUAUUGGUGAAUUUUAAUGAGCUUCACUGUGACACCAU